CAGACACUGCUCAGUUGUGAAUGUCCCUGACACGGACACCGGUGCUCCGUCUCUCUGGUCCAAAUGGCAGGGUUUAUCCAGAUGGACCGGUCCAAUGCAUCCUCUUGCUUGUGUCAGACCUUCACCACAUAUUUGGUCCUGCCCAUUAUCUACAGUGCUGUGUUCCUCAUGGGGUUGUUUGGAAAUGUGUUGUCUCUUUGGAUAUUCAUGGCAAAGAUUUCCACUAAAACCCCCAACCAUAUCUACCUCAUCAACCUGGGGAUCUCGAACCUGAUAAUGUGCGUCACCAUGCCUUUCAAUGCAGCCUACUACGCUUUAAGUACAAGCUGGUCGGCAUCUGAUCUGAAGUGUCAGUUAGCCAUUAAUGUCCUGACUCCAGUUCUUCACACCAACAUAGAAGGAGGCAUGUUCAUUCUCACUUGGCUGGCACUAAGUCGUUUUGCCACACUUAUUAAGCAUACCUACGGCCAUCGCCCAAGCCGGUGCACCAAAGUCCUGCCCGACAUUUUCUUAAGCAGACUGCAGCAAACUCCAUUUGCAUUGGCCAUGUGUGUAGGAACUUGGGUUUUGGUGGUGGUGGGCAUCAUUCCCACAAUGGUGGUUUAUUCUACAAUGGAGACAGAAAGGGUGGACAAUGAAAGCAAACAGGCAUGUUACAGUGUUCCAGUGGAGGUUGGUGGAUCUGGCUCUCAAGCAUUUGCCAUUGUAGGAAUUACCCUGUUUUUCCUCUGCCUGGUUUUGGUGUUGAGUGCCUACAUAGCUGUGAUCAGGCACAUUAAGAGAACGAAAAUAAAUACUGUUAUCCCUGACAGACAGAGGGUCUAUUCAAGAGUUUGCCGCAACAUUUUGGUCAUCCAGAUAGUCAUGGUUAUUUGUCUCCUCCCACACCACAUCUAUAAGGCUAUAUUUAUUGCCAUGACACAGGAUGAAUCUCAGUCUGUAAACUGUACAUCAAAUUGCCAUCCGUUUUCCACGUAUGUAGAGGUUAAGAAUGUUCUCCUCUGUCUGGCAGUUCUACGCUGCAGCACAGACCCUUUUAUUUACUUCUUGCUGGACAAGACGUUUAGAAGGCAUGCACGCAAUUUGUUCGGCAAAAGCCUCAACACAAAAGACAGCCAAUCAUCCAGGACUAUGAAUGAAUGUGGACAGUUUACUCAGUAUGAAAGUGGCACUGGAAAAGGUGCACUGAAACACGAGGAACUCUCACAUUCAAAAGACUUAAAGCCUGAACAAACGUCUCACUAUCAGUCCAAACAGGAGAUUGGUUGAAAUGCUUUUCAAACAUCUACUGUAUUGGGGCUGUAUAAUGGAUAUGCAUCAUAAUGUACUGUGAAGGAAAACCUACAAGUAUGAACGUUGCAUUUUAUGCUGAACCAUUUAAAAGAACAUGAAGUGUGUCUGAAAGUUUAAAGACAGCAUGCGUGAAAACUAACCAGAGACAGCUGAUUAAUGUGGGAAAAAUAAAUAGAACCCCUAAACAUUACAGUUUCUGUACAUUUACAGUAGUUAAUUUUUAUGAUUUUCUUAGCUUGCUUCGUCACAUUUUCACUUUCUAUUAUUUAUCUGCCUAAGAUACCGUGUGUGGUGAUUUUUAAAGUAGAAGCACUUUAUGCAACUUUUUAGCUAUUCUAAUCACAGGCCAAAGAUAUCUUCAAUUUUCAGAAUCAGCGAGACUACAAAUAGGAUACAGUAAGGAAAAAAAUUCUAAUAAUGAUUACUCAUUUAAAAUACAAACGAAUGUCAAAUAUGGCUUUUUUCCAACUAUAGGCAUACACUAAAAGGAAACCCUUUUAAAUUUAACUUGAUACUGUACUUCCUUCAUGAACGUUUAUUAGCAAGAGUAUAAAAAUCGUGCUUUCAACAUUUUGAAAUAAAGUCCAUGCGAUCUGUUUUUUUUUUACCUUCCUUCCAAUUAGUUAUUACAAGUAUGAUUAGGAGUGCAAUACUGUUUAGUUUUUUCCAAAUGCUCCAUUUGUUUAAGGAGGAGAGAAAAAGCAAGACAGCUGGAGACGGGUUAAAGACAAGCCUACGCUGCAUGACCCCGAGUCUCAGGGUUUACUGCAUGUCAUUUAUUAGUGUUCCUCAAUUUUUCAACCAUUAUAUGAACAGUCAGGAGCCGUACAAUGCUUUUUGUAAUAUGAAAGGGUUCUUAAGUCAUAAUGUCUUUCUAAAACGUUUCUGUUCAUGCACAGCUAUCAGCAGGAACUGUUAGCUUUAACAGCAUGUCUAAAGGUGUGACACAUUAUUGUCUUUUGUUUCUUUAACACUACAAAACCAUAGUUCCAGUGUGUACCAUUUCUUUUACUAACACUGUGACGGUGCUUUCAAUAAAAUGUAUGUCAGAUUUUCUGUCAUAUAACAAACCUGA